AUGGACGACGGCAUCAUCACCCAAACACCGCAACAGACCCCCAGCGACUGGGAGGCAGCCUCUAAUGCAAGGUUCGAAGCCAUGUGGGAGCAGUUCUGGGCUAAGCUAGCAAAUAAACACCGGCUGCCUCAGCCACUAAAUCUCGGGAAGAAACCCAGAACACCCACGGCACGACAACCAGCCAGGGCCGUACACCAUGAGCAGCCCACGACCGGGACAAGUAUACAGGCUACACACCAGCAACAAGCCAUUGCACCCGAGGGGCAUGCACCUACUACUGCCCAUUGGAGCCCCGGCAAGCAUAGAGGUCUCGGCAACACCCCUGCGAGGAGGAAAAGCAGGAGGGACAGACCCCAACAAGCUCGGCGUAUUGGCACCCAAAGGUGGACGGGUCUACGCGGCUCGCAAUACCAAGCACCCACGAGACUACUGUGUGUCUUACGUUAA